AUCCUUAUCCCUGGCAGUAGUACAUUCGGAGUAGUUCUCUAAGGUUUCACUUUGGAUUUGAUAGGCCUGCCGUGCCUACUGUGUUGCUUGUUUGGGGCCGUCAUAUUUCGGGGUAGACUUUUUCAUCUGCGUCGUACUGAGUGGUGCCUGCGUGUCCAGGGAACGGGUGCUGGCUGCGGCGGCGCGGAAUGCAACUCUAGAUUUUGCCUGGGGAGAGUGCUGAAGUUGACAGCUGAAGGCAUUGACCUGUUUAACCCAAACCCCUAGGCCAGAUUUACAGGCUAUUUCUCUGGAUAUCCUGGCACAACUAUAUUUCUCUGGAUAUCCUGGCACAACUAUAAACGUAGAAGAAUAUCUCUGGAAACAGCUCAACAAUAUAUAAUACUCGAACAACCGGAAAAGGUGGCCUUGUCUGCGCAAAGUCAGAGUCACUUCAAGACAUGUAUGCGAGCAGGAGAAACUAGCCGCUGCCCAAUGCGCACCAAAUUACCGGAAACAGCUCCAGGAACCACCGCGUAGUUACACAGUUCUUGCACCACCUCAUGCAGCAACCCUUUCAGGGGUUUCUAGGGGGCGCUGUUACAGCACACUGCCCACUCGAGCAGUUUGGAUGCACAAUCCGAACUAUCGAACACGGAACUACAUGUACGUACAUAUGUACAUACGUGAACAUACAUGUCCGUACGCAAGGAAGCAAGACAAGUACCGAUGGAGGAAGGGACACAUGGUGCGACGAAGCAAAAAUGCCUGGAAGGUCAACUCCACUGAGUGUUAUUUUAGUGUCGUCCGGUUCAAAAGGAAAUCGACUUCUCUUCCGAUAUCCCUACCAGCAGGAAAGUGACGAAGAAGUUGUACAAAAGAAUCGAACACGCAAUCCUUAUGCACUGCAGGUUGCAGAGGAUGAUUUGAAUGACAGCAAACCUGCAUCCAGCAUCAAACAUGGAAAGCUUGUUGGCUAUUCUGAUGAGAUUCUUGCCCACAUACUGACCACUGAAACUGGCUUGUGUGACCACCGCUUUGAGCUGACCAUCGAUGAUGUUAAAUUUGUCGGCCACCCAACCCUCAUAGUCGGUGAAGGCAGAAAAUCGAGAAGACAGGAUGAGAAGUCCAGACGAGAGAGUCGCACCAUGGCAAUGUUCAACCUAGUCUUUGUACUACAUGCCAGUGCUGAUCCAUCAGUGGUUGGAUGUUACCACGACCUCAGCAAGCGUCUUGUCUUGGCUCUGAAGCACGAGGAGAGGCGGUGUGGAUAUCUCAGCCAUCAAGCCGUCCUCAUGAUGUCUGCCCACGAUGAGGUGGCUGCCAUGCCGGAAGAUGCUGAAGAAUCACCAUUCUCCAUCAUGCUUCAGAAGAGUAAGCUUUGUCGAGACCUCCGACAUGUAUUCAGUGGGUUGUGCGACAAAGGUGUUAUUCACGUCUUCAUUAAUAACUGGAUCGAAGUCAGUUUCUGCUUGCCACACAAGGUGCACAAUGUGGAUCAGAUGUUUGUCAUUGAGCCAGAGAUCAUAGAGCAGAGCCUGCUUGCCAUCAGACCCUACCACGCCCUCCUCCUCCUGGAAGAUGAGAAGGAGCUGCAGCAGUCACUGCCCAAGGACUGCUCGCCGUCGCUGCGCCGUGUCGUCAAGUGGUGCUCCCCGCUGAAAAGCCUGCAGCAGCUUAGUCAAGACACAGAUCUGGCUUUGUCACAGGUGUUUCAGAUUGUAGGUCACAUGGUCUACUGGGGCAAAGCAACAAUAAUCUAUCCUAUCUGUGGCAGUAAUGUGUACAUCUUGUCACCCAGGGCCCCAACAUCAGGAAAUUCCCCGCACCAUGAAGAGUUCCGUGAUGUCACAGCAGGAGGGUGCCUAACAGAGGCCCUAGCCGCAUUCUCACAGCCAACCCUGUUCAGCGAUGUCACGAACAUUGGAGAGAAAGAGAAUGAGGCUGAGAAGGUGAAAAUUCUUGUCUGGCUGCUGCAGAAGAGGCUUCUCAUACAGCUUCACACAUAUGUAUUCCUGAUGAUGCCAACCGAGAGGCCAACCCAACUCCUGGACCUUCACGACCAGCAUGUCAAGACGUCCCCAUCAUCGUCAGCAUCACAGGACAAGAACAGCUCAGCCAGCACCAACCCAUCACACCAUAGUUCCACAGGAAAUGUUGCAGACAACAUGUCGAUGGAUUCGGACGAGCUGAGCACUAGCCUGGACUCUUACUCUACGCUGUCGCUGGACAACGAGGGACUUGGCCACAGCAGACAGAAAUUCAUGGACAUGCUGAAGGAGAACUUGACAGAGGUGGAGAGGCAGUGCGUAAUGAAUAUCCCUGUUGCCAAGAAGCUGGAGGAUCUCAAACUGUUUGCCAGACUUUGUCCCUACUUUCGGGGUCGCCAUCAUCUGGAGGAGAUCAUGUACUAUGAGAAUGUCAACCGAUCUCAAGUCCACAUGCUCCUGGAGAAAUUCAAGCAAGUAUUAGUUGUCUGCACCCACCAAGAUGCAGCUACAGUCGCAUACAAGGAGUUCCUAUAGCAUCAGGCUUGUGCUGGUUAAAUUCAUUUAUGCAGUAAUUGAAAUAGAAAUUUUAUCCUUGACUGGAGUAACAAACAACAUUACCAUUUCACAUCUUAUACAAACGUUUCUCUGAGGUAGAGCAUGACAAAAAAAUUCAAGCACUCUUGAAUAAAUUGUAUCUUCUGUGUUUGUACUUUUCAGUUUCCAUUAUGUUGGCAAUAACAAGUUGUAAUCCUAUUCUCGCAUUACUUUUUGAGGAUUUUUUUGUAUCAGUGUUGUAGUCAAGUCCAUAACAUCUUUCUAGAAGACUGGUCAUAAGUAACUGGUUGAACAAUGAAAAAGCAAUGUGUGUGACUUUGCUUAAGACUGGAUAACCUCUGAUGGACUUACCUAGGACUGGCGAUGAACUACAGCACUGGAUCAUAUGAGACCCGUCACGACAAAGUGAGAGUAAAGUCACAUCCUGCUCUUUCCUAUUUUAAGAGCUCAAAGUCACAUUGAAGUGGAGGUCAGUUUUUUGGGUUUUGUAAUAUUUGGAAA